GCGCGCUCGGCGGAUUGUUCGGCACGCUCGCGUUAUACCCGAUCGACACGGUGAAGACGCGGAUCCAGGCCGAGAGCGCGGCGCGCGGAAACAACUCGGAAGCCGACGACGACGGUAACGGUUUUUGGUGUCCCCAGUGGGUGACAAAGUUGGCGCGGGUGUUUCGCGAGGAAGGCGCGGCGGGGGCGUACGGUGGGGCGUUGGCGAAGUCGGCACAUUCGCUUUCGUCGAGCUUUUUGUACUUUUUAGCGUUCAGCGCGCUGAAGCGGACGUACGAGGAGCGAACGGGGAAAAAGAUUGGGGUGGGGGCGACGCUCGCGGCGGCGGCGGCGGCGGGAUGCUGUAACGUGCUCGUCACGGAGCCUUUAGAUACGUACACGACGCGGAAACAACUGGAAGGAAAGAAAACGGUCGGUGAUACUGGCUCAAAGGCGUUCGAUGACGACGAGGGCGAUGAUGGGUUCAAAAACACUUUACGAGCGUUGCGAGGCGGACGAGGCGCCGCCGACGCGCGCGGCGGAUUGUAUAGCGGUCUCGGCGCUUCACUCGCGCUGACGAUCAAUCCCGCGAUUCAAUACACCGUCUUCGAGCAACUUCGUCAAAAGUUGAUGAUCGUGCACAACGCUCGCGCGCAGCGGCGUGGGAUCUUAAAGCCCGUCGUGGAGUUGUCGAUGUUUGACGCCUUUGUCCUCGGCGCCGCGUCCAAGGCGACGGCGACGAUGCUGACGUACCCUCUCGUGCGCGCCAAGGUUUUGCAAAAGGCGGGAACGCGCGAGGAAGAUAGACGUUCGCUAUUAGGCACGCUCAAGCGAGUGCACAGAGAAGAAGGCGUGAGUGGUAUGUACAAAGGUCUCGACGCGCAGCUCGUGAAAACCGUCCUCGCCGGCGCGUUGACGAUGACGAUUAAAGAGAAGAGUUUCACGAGCGCUCUGUGGUUCAUGCUCCUCGUGCGCGGUCUCGACGACGAGCUUGCGUGA